CAUAUCUAUAAAACCUUUGUUACUCGUCGACUUUCCUCUGGUACAAAACCCGAAACAUCGAACAUUCUCAAAAAUCUCCUCAAAUAUUCAUAUUGACAUCCCUCUUUAAAGAAGUCAGAAUGGCGAUGACAGAUAGCUGUAAGAGACUUGCAGUUGGAGGGGACAAACUCGAUAUGCUUACGGAUCUUCCUAUUAAUGUCAUACACCAGAUUCAGGAUCACAUGUCCAUUGAGGAUGCUGCAAAAUUGAGUGUUUUGUCUAGAGCAUGGAGAUAUGUUUGGGCUUCAAACCCGAAACUCGUGUUUAAUGCACAGUUUUGCACAAAGAGAACACCAUCAGACACAAGAGACAUCAUUAGUACAAUUCUGUUCCAACACCAUGGAGCCAUUAAGACGUUCCUCAUGGAUAUAUCGAUAAUACAUUCUUCCCAACACUUAGUUGUCGAUCGAUGGAUGCUAUUUUUGUCAAGGAAUGGUCUCGUGAAUCUCACUCUUCAGAAUCAAAACAAUGGCAAUGCUCCUUAUAAAUUGCCUUCAUAUGUGUAUGGUGUGGGACUAGAACGUUUAGUCCUGUCGAACUGCAUUUUCAGGCCACCAUGCAGUUUUAGGGGUUUCCACAUGCUCAAAUGGAUUCAAUUUAAGCGAGUUGCCUUCGAAUUAGACGUUGCAAAUUCUUCCCUUUGGAUGCCAAACCUUAAGAUUCUGUGUUUUAUGUAUUGCAGCGGUCUUCGUUUCUUCAAUAUACAUGCCCCAGAACUUUCAAUAUUAUCUUUGCAUAGCUGUGCUACCCUUAAAUUGAGUUCUUUCAUGAAAUGUGGGAAGCUGAGAAUACUUGGAAUUACAUUCCAAGAAGAAGUACCACAAAACAGACAAGAUAAAGCGAUGAAUUUGACCAAUUUUCUCAGCUGUUGGCAUAAUGUUAGUCAUCUUAUUUUGGGCAGAUACUUCCUCAAGGUUUUAGCUUCUGGUACUAGAGCAGAGAGUCUUCCCACGCGCCUCACCAAUUUGAGAUAUCUCUAUUUUUUUGAUUAUAAUUUUGAUGGUGAAGAUCAAAUAUUUCCCCUUCUAAGGAUUCUUAGAAGUUGUCCCAAUUUGAAGAUACUUCAAUUUCUUUCUAGCCAGGGGAAGAAAGAUGAUAAGAAAGUGGAUGUAAACUAUUUUGAAGAACCAGACUGCACGGCACAAGGAUUCAAUAAUCUUCAAACAUUGCAUAUAAACAAAUUCUAUGGUUCAAGAACUGAAUUGCGCUUUGUAAGGUUCAUACUUGGCUCUGCCCCUUUACUCCGUAAGGCCAUCCUUUUGGUAGAUUCAAGUAUUAAUGAAAGCCAAUCCUUGAAGAUCUCAAAGGAGUUGAUGCGGUUCCCUCGGGCAUCUCCUAAAUCGGAAAUUGUAUUCGAACCAUGGUCAAAAGUACAAACUAGGCUAGUGCUACGUUGUUGAGAUGGCCAGAACUCCUUUCUCAACUCUUCAUCAUCAUCUUGAUUCUUGCCUUCUGUUUGUUUUAUUGACUAUCGUAGAGGAUAUUGUAUUUUGUAUCUUUGCAUAUUCGCCUUGGAUAAUUAUGCUUUUCGUUCCUUAAUUAACAAUUGUUAAGCAAUUGUUGAAGGACUGCAUUUUUCUGU